AUAUGCGCGGAGCCAGAUUUUCAGCAAUAAUAACUUCUAUCAGAUACUGGGAUUUGGCGUAUCUGUUUUUGCUUAGAGCGGCUUGUCUUUUUCUAAGUGGAUGGUGCCGACGGAAGCAGGCAUUUCUUCACAUGCGGUGUCGGAUUGCGGAAGGCGGCGUUGCCUUGAUGUUUGCACUCGUUGACGGCGAAAGCGGCGCCUUCUCGUCGGUAGAAGAUCGAGCCCCUUUACCCUGUUUCUUGCUGAUAACAUCAUCCCCUGUGGCGAGCAUAGCCGGGACGUGACAGGUGACACAUUUUCCUACAUCAGAAAACUGUGACAUGCCUGCAUUUAUGAUGCACUCCAGUAAUAGGUGGAUUGAACACCGUGUGCAGAGGAGACACGGCCACGCAGAGAGGAAAAUAAAGACUGGACGGCUCAUCGAUUCAUAUCUUUAAAAAAAAACUCCUCCCGCAGCUCGCAGGGAUCAUGUGGCCAAACCCACUGCCUUGGAAGACGCACCAGCCCGAGGAGACUAUAUAAGUGUCAGAAAGCGGGGUUUAUACCCGGCGCAGCGCAUUUGGCUCAGAGGACCAGAGGCGCACCGACGGCCACGAUGUCUCAAGGAUGGGGAUACGCACCGGAGAACGGACCAGACAAAUGGGCCGAAAAGUUUUCCAUUGCCGACGGACCCCGGCAAUCUCCCAUAGACAUCUGUCCCGGCGCGGCGCAGUAUGAGCCCGACCUGCAGCCGCUCAUCCUGAAGUACGACCCCGGCACCUCAAGUAGCAUCAUCAACAGCGGCUACUCCAUCCAAGUGGACUUCGCCGACGACACCGACAGUUCAACACUGACCGGGGGACCCAUCUCAGGAACCUACCGCCUGCGGCAAUUCCACUUCCACUGGGGGGCGAGCGACGACAGGGGCUCAGAGCACACAGUGGAUGGGACCAAGUUCCCAGCUGAGCUCCACCUGGUGCACUGGAACACUAAAUACCCCAGAUUCGCGGAGGCUGCUGCUCAGCCAGACGGCCUGGCUGUGGUGGGCGUCUUCCUGCAGAUCAGUGAUGCCAAUCCACAUCUACAAACGGUUCUCGAUGUCCUGGAUGCUGUCAAGACCAAGGGCAAGCAGACAACGUUCACAGACUUUGAUCCCUCAAUCCUGCUGCCUGGUUCUCUGGACUAUUGGACUUAUGACGGGUCCCUGACCACACCCCCGCUGCUGGAGAGUGUGACCUGGAUUGUGCUGAAGGAGCCAAUCAGUGUCAGUUCUGACCAGAUGGAGACAUUCCGCGGCCUCCUGUUCACCUCCGAGGGGGAGGAGCCCUGCUGCAUGGUGGAUAACUAUCGCCCCCAACAGGCACUCAAGGGGCGCACUGUGCGCGCCUCUUUUGAGUGAAUAUCAGCAACAUCAGCCUGUUGGCCCCACCCCCUGUCAUGACCACACCCACCCAUACUUGACUCCACCCCCUUUGGAAGCACAGAACCUUCACAGAACUUAACCGCCCCCCCAAGUGUCUGUUUCCCACUCUAGUGCAAGUAAUUCCUCUCCUGCUCCCCAACACCUCCUGUGAUUGGGUGGGGUGGGGGGCUGAGAUUCCAUGCCUGAUCUGCUGUGGACCAUCACGGGUUCAAACACGCAAAAGUCUCAUGACACCAUGUCGCAAUUCAGGAAACAGGAUGUAGCCAUAACCAAGCACCCCGUGGCCGAAGUGACACGCCCUCAUUUUGUCGUCUGCCGUCAGAUACUAAUCCCUGCUCGCCGGGUUCCCGGAGACUGCCGCUCCAUCUGACCCCCCAAAAUCUGUCGCCACCCGGCAGCGAGACAUGCAGUCACGCACAGCAGUCCCACGAAAUGUGGCAGCCUUGUCCGUAAUGGCGGUGUGAGGCCACUCAGUGCUGAGAUUUACAUUUCCCAUCUCACGUUCCGCCCCGGGCACUAGCUGAAUUAUUAGUUUGGCAGCUUUUUAAUUUAUUAUUUUCCUUUGCAAAAUGAUUCUUAUGUUGUUUUAUUCCUAGAAUCUCCUCCUGGCAUGUUCUGAGACAUUGGUGGGGGGGCAGUCACAGAGUGACUGGAGGCAGAUGAAUGAAUGGACCAGAGGAAUUAAUUAAUCUAGCAUUUAUGCCAGUUGUUCAUUUUUUUUCCAUCAUAAACUAAACAUACUUAUGUGUUUUUCUCGGGAAAUCUGUUCAUGGCAGAGUUUAUUUUAAGCCUUUAAGAUAAGCAAUAUUGUCAGAGACCUGCUGGGAGAGUGUGGUGUAAUUCUGCUGUUAGUUAAAUAAAUCUAUUUUAUGACUUUUC